CUUGCUCAACAGGUGAGGGCGUGUGACUUGCCGCCUCCGCCUCCGCCGCCGCCACCGCUCGCGUCGCUGCGGAGACAAGGAGACAGUGUGCGGAGGCGCCCAUGAUGCCGGCGCGAGGUCACGGCGAGCGCAGCAGUAGGUGACCCUUGACCCAGCGGAAGGCGAGCAUGACCUGGCGCGUGUGGCUGCGGGUCCCGCCGUCGCUGCGCUGAGGAGGAGGAGAAGGAGGAAGAGGAGGAAGAAGAAGAGGAGGGAGAGAGAGAUAGAGAGAGAGGAAGAGAGGAAGAGGGAGAGCGCUCGGAUUCCGCCGCCAGUGAAUCCCGAGGACGCGGCUGCUGACGAAGGAGGAGGAGGAGGAGGAGGGCGCGCGGCGAGGGGCGGGGGCGCAGCAUGGACGGAGCGCGUCUCUCCGCCGACACGCGCAACAUCCCACACAUGCAGCUCUUCAUCCACCUCAAGCAGAAGUUCCCGGACCUCAAGGACAACGACGUCAACGAAAGCAUACAGAAGUAUGGUUUGGAUCGUGAGCGUUGUGAGGAGGAAUUGUCGCAGAAGACACACAUCCACCAUGGUGGAUACUAUGGCCCUUGGGGACGGCCUAGCAGUUCCCUCUCCUUAACUUCGCCCUCCAGAGUCACCUCUCCCAUCCGGACAGGCAUCCCACCAACACCAACAACACCUGUCAUCACCAGCAGCACAGCUGUCACUCCACUGUUGCCACACACGAAUGCCACCCACCAUGUGUUUGGUCCCCUGCAGUCCAGUGGCUACCUAAUGUACAGCUAUGGCCCAGGAAUGGUAGCAGGACCAGGGCCAGUCUACACAUCGCCCAAUACAACUACCAUUGCAACCAGCCCUGUUUUAUUCCAGCCACCUGUCAAUAGUCCAGCUGGCUACGGGUGGCAUCCCUCCGUCUCCAAUGGUGUCCGAGGGGCAGCUGUUCAGCCUUCAAGACACUUGAUAGGAGGUGGAAGUGGCAGUGGGCCAGACACCCCGUACUCCUCUCGUGAAGCAUCCAAGUCACGUUCCAGCACACCUGUUUUACCUAACUCUGCGCCAGUUGUGCCUAAUUCAUUUGAUCCAUUCAGUGCAUGUGAAAAUCACCCAAUCCUGCCAGAGCGACGCAGAAGUGCAGAAACCCAGUUCGAUGGGAGAAGAGGACUCUUUUAUAAUGUACAUAAUCUUGAACAACAUUUUGAAAGACUAAAUGAUAGUGCACAUCAUUCCCCAACUCCCCCACUCAACAAUACCAUUGACUCACUUUCUACCCCCAUUACAACAACCACAACGACGAUCACCACCACCACAAGCAACUGCGUAGACCCCAGCAGCAGCAACAGCAGCAGUGUCAGUCGACCCCCCCCAGGUCCGAGACAUGUCUCAUCUAUAUAUUUAACCCCUGUACUUCCACAUGGCGCUCACCAUAUUCCUGGGCCUCCUUCAAGUGAUGGCACAGUGUCAGUUUGUGGUCGGUCUUAUACUUCUGUAAACCUUCAGCUAAGACAACCGUCCACUGAUCCUCAACCACCUAUUCAAAUCCGCAGUAGCGGUUCUUCUUUAACUUACUCCACUUCUUCUCUUGAUCACCGCCAUGGUUCACGCUCUUCCCUUCAGAUAUCCAUAGGUCCCACUGGUGGCACUAUCUCUGCUAUGCGUACAAACCUUGACAAUAAAAAUUCCCAGGCCAACACAGCGUUCCACAUCCAGUACAGCUCAGGUGCAAAUGGUGGUUCCACUCCCACUGGGGCAGCUUUCCCCACAACUGAAGAUAUAGUGGGGCAGGAGGGGGUACAAGGCCAGACAAGGCGCCCACAGACAUGGUACAUGUCUGACCCUCCACCAGCAGAGUCCAGACAACGCAAGUCAUCCCUGCCAGAGUGUGUGGGGCCCCCUGUGUCCUUGCACCCCCUCCACUACCCCCCUAGUACUGAUGCCCCACUGGGUUACUCAGAAGGAGAGCCUGUCUGGGCAGUGCCACCUGCCAGGCCAGACAUGGCCUACACUCAAGCGCUAGUGCAGGAACAGAAUUUACGCAAAGAAAAGUUGAAUGCAGAGCUGGCGAAACAAAUAGAAGAGAAGGGUAAAUUAGAAAAGGAGGUAGAUAUGAUGAGGCGGGAAUUGGAAUGGCGCGAACGACAACGGAAGCAGAACGCAGACAGAAACACGAAGAUGAUAGAGGAUGUACAGCAAGAGAAUCAGAGAUUACAGUCUGAAUGUUACGAAAUGGAAAAUAAAAUUUUACGAUUAGCACCUGAAUUGGAACCAGAAUACCCCUCACACGUACCCUCAAAUCUACCCUUCAAUGAAGCCCCACUCAUCCCCCAGCUUACCAGACCCAGCUCUGGUUCCAGCCUUGGGGGCAGUGGAACAGGGACCCCCCAGACCCCACACACACCCCACACCCCGCACACAUCCCAAACCCCUGGGGUUUUCAUCCCUCCGACCAGACCUGCUCUGCCUCCGCCUCUACCUCCGACAUCAGUACCCAAUCAUGGCUACUGCGUAGUCCAGGGAGUGCCAGGAGAUACAGUAGAUGAGGUGGGCCCUAAGUGGGCAUGUACCAAGUGCACCUUCAUCAACCACCCUGACAUGAACAAGUGCGAGAUGUGCGACUACCCACGCUUCACCAUAGGAGAAUUGCAAGAUAUUCAUAUACAAGUUAGGCACCAAAACUUCCAAUCUCCACGUAAGCCAGAAUUGCAUGCCCCGAAUGGCGCCUUUUUGCUUCCUUCCUAGCCAGCACACUGAAGAUAAUCACAUUAAUAUCCAUGUGGAAAUGUCUUAAAAAAAAAGAGAGAGAAAAUUGUUUAUACAAGUUUUUUAUUCAUAUAAGUCAAGACAGUUUUAGACUAAGGGUUAAAUUCCUUAGUGUGAUGUGCAGUGAUGAAAUAAGAUGAAUUUGUAGUCACUAACAGGUGAAUACUGUCAUCACUCAUAUGGAGCUUAGUCUGAUACAGUGAUAAACCCCUUUGGGAUGGAGAGGUGAUGAUUUCAUGAAAUUUUAUUUGCUGUCAUUGCAAAAUCUGUACUAUAUGAAAGGACAGAUUUGUAUUCAAGAAAUGAAUACUAUAUCAAAUCAAGCAUUUUUAUAUAUAGACAUUUUUAUAAAUUCAAUGCUCAAGGAGAAGCACAGGUCGCUGCAGGAGGCAAGCUCUGAUAUCUAACUCCUUAUAACAACACAGAGUAUUAAAAAGAUGUGACAUCUUUCCUAACUUCGUAACAUGUUUAUUAAUAUAGGAGGACUAAAUACAAAAGUGUCUGGCUUGCAGGGAGAAUAAAGGUUCCAUUUACCAUUGAAGUUGAUGGGUAGCUAAAGAACAUAUUAGCUUUGGUACUUGACUAAAUACUUAAUAAUGUAUAUAAAGAAGCAAAUAAGAAAUCAACUCUUAUAAUAUGAUUAUAAGAAAAUGUUUAAAUAGAAAUAACUCAACUUGAUAAGAUGAAUACAUGUGAAUUAAGAGCUGGGAGAUUUUUCCCUUUUACGUUUUGAGAUAUUUUCCUUAAAAUAUACUGUCAUUAACAUCUAAACAUUGUCUUGCUCCUGAAGUGGCUAUAAAUAUGAUAUUCUGUUCAUGAAAUCAGAGAUUUUGCAUGUAUUUUGGAAGCUGUGCUUUGAAUGCAUGUGGUUAUUGUUUGCCUUUAAAUACAUUUUAUUUUGUCUAGUUUAAACAUCAUGUGACACCCUCUAAUCCGUUAUGCUGGGUAAACCAGUCUUACACAGACGUAUAUGAUGUUAAAUUAAGGGUUGUUAAUCCACACUAUUCAGAAUAAUGUGAUGGUAGUUUGACGGCAUUUAUGUUUAUUUUAGAGACAUGGCUUCAAACUGGUUUCCUCAGCUUUUGAAUUGUUUAGUGUCACAUGAAUUCUCUUUCCUGCAUCAUUGCCAUUAUGUAACAUGAGUUUUCUAACAGAAAGUGAAUAAUGUAGAUUUAUUGGAGAAUGAGACAGAAUGGAGCAUGAAGGACUGGUCUUCUUGCACAGAUUGUUUGAUCCCUUCUGCCGUGAUCAGCUCAUCUAUCCACUAGUGGGAUGUUACCCUAUGAUAUGACUGUCCUUCCCCCCCCCCCC